GCCGCACAACCGCGAAGGCACAACGGCAGCCUUGGAGAUUCCUGGGGCUCCGCCGAAUACUCAGAUGACAACGUUUCUAUUGAUUCUGCGGAUUCAUUGUCGGACACUGGCAGCCAGAGCGACUAUUUUGAAGAGCACCGGCGCGAUGUGUUGGACGAAGAGGAGGACGACAUGGCUACACCUAUGCCGCAUCCCAGGACUACACGGGCGACGGAAAUCCGCCAUGACACACCUACCAAGGGCUCAGCCGCUCGAAUUUCACAGCGACCGCAAAUGGCAAGGGGUGCCUCGAGAACUUUCCAGCAACCAACGCCACAGCAAUCGCCUGAGCCGGCGUUCAUAAUGCCCUCCAUCAACACGUCAACGAAUGGCUUCAACAGCGCGCGCCAGGCUGCCCCAGUUCAAGAAGAGCCGGUAAAUCCAUGGCACUUCAUGGGGCUUUUCUGGGACUACGCUUUGCGUCCUGUUCUCGGAUAUAUCUUCGGCAUCUUCAAGAUCAUCUUCGCUAGCUUGCAGCCUGUUAUUGGAGUGGCUGCAGGCUUCGCCGUCUUAGUCCUGACGCUCCAGUUUGGCUCAAUCUACCUGAAGAACUCCUUCCAGGCCACCCUUGCGCCAAUGUGUUCGCUCCCAUUAUCUGGCUACCUUCUGCCUUUCUGCGACACGAUGCCGAACAACCACCAAGCCAACUUUGAAGAGCUCGUCAACAUCCAGUCCUCUUUCGAAGAUGUCCUGGAGGCAAACAAGGAUUCCUACGCCCUACCAGCAAACAUGAAGAAGAGCCAGGUUGCCAUGCGCGACCUCCGCAUCCAGGUGCGCUUCUCUAACUUGCCCUCCCGGGCCGAGCUAGAGAACGAGUUCGACUCGUUCAUUGAGACGGCGCGCGAGGCUUCGGACGACCUCGCAAAGUACAACGCACGCAUCGGCUACGUGACGGACCAAGUCAUCUCGACCAACAAGUGGACGCUGACUGUGCUCAACGGCAUCGUCGCCACCGAGGCCAAUAAGGGCGCUCUUUCCGAAGCCGUCAAGCACAUGAACAUCUUCUCCGUCUUUCGCGGCCCACCCGAAACCCUCGAGCAGCGCAUCUUCGUACAGUACCUCAACCACGUGUCCAAGCUCAAAGAUGACGUCUCCAGCCUCAUAGUCUUUAGCGAGUCCCUCAUGGCGCUGCUCAACAACCUCGACGCCCGCCUCGACAUCAUCGCUGACAUCGCCAUGCGCGACGACAACACCGUCAACCGCGACCGCGAGGAGCUUCUCGCGGACCUCUGGUCCAAACUCGGCGGCAACCGCUCGUCGAAGGCCGCAAACGCGAAGUCGCUCCAGCUCCUCCGCGAUGUCCUGCGCUACCGCGCCAACGCUGUGCAGCUUGUGAGCGCCACGCUGCUCAAGCUGCGGGAGAUCUCUACAGGCUUGGAGAACCUGCGUGACGGUAUCGCAGCGCCGGAGGUAGUUGGGUUCCGGGAGGAUUACCCGCUGCAGUGGCAUAUUGAUGUGGUGUCCCGUAGCGUCGAGCGCCUGCGGGAUGCGCGUGGAGAGAACAUGGCUAUCGAGCGGGAGACCAUCCGGAAG